AUGGGUAGCCACGCCGAGCAAAAGUACCGCAUUGGGGUUGAUGUCGGAGGUACAAACACCGAUGCGGUUCUCAUAUCCCUUGAUCCUGUCUCCAUCAUCGCCUCUCACAAAGCGCCGACCACCUCGGACGUCACCACGGGGAUCACCGCUGCCGUUCGGAAAGUAAUCGACUCUUCAAAUGUAUCCCUCUCGUCAAUUGGCUGCGUGAUCAUCGGCACAACUCAUUUCGUCAACGCAGUCGUUCAGCGCUCACCGGCGCUACGACGCGUGGCCGUCAUCAGACUAUGCGGUGGUUCCGAAGAGGGCUUCGGCCGCGGAAUCCCGCCAUUUAUUGACUUCCCUGCAGAUCUGCGUGCUUGUAUUGAGUCCCCUCAGAUAUACUUCUGUAAUGGUGGAUACCAGAUCUCCGGGGAUGAAAUCAGCCCGUUAGGCCGCGAGGAGAUUGAACGCGUGGCCGAGGAUUUGGUACAGAAUAAUAUUUCGAACGUGGUGAUCUCGGGGAUGUACGCCCCCUUGAACCACCUGCAAGAGUCAACGGCCAGAGAAAUCCUGCUGGAAAGCAUGGUUAAGAAAGGCAGUCUCAAUUUCAAGACCCGGAUCACGCUGUCAAACGAGGUGUCAGGGCUCGGGUUCCUUGCUCGUGAGAAUGCAGCAAUUCUGAAUGCCACGCUACGCCCACUCGCUGAAAAAACCAUUUAUGGGUUCCAGAAAUCGAUGGAAGACAUCUUCCAAGGAAACCCUUACACGCUUUACCUGACUCAAAACGAUGGAAGUGUUCUCGGCGCUUCAGAGGCAGUAGAACUACCUAUUCGCACCUUCAAUUCCGGCCCAACGAAUUCGAUUCGUGGCGGAGAAUUCCUUUGGCGCGCGGCAGCCGAGGCAGACGGACAGCAGCAUGGCGAGCGUACCGAACCUCUCGCGGUUAUUGAUAUCGGUGGCACCACAUCCGAUAGCGGACUCUUGCUUCCAAAUGGACUCCCGCAGAUGAGCUCGAUCAUGAGUAUGGUCGGUGGAGUUCGCACCAACUUUGCUCUUCCUGCAGUUGAAAGCAUUGGGCUGGGUGGGGGCUCGAUCAUCCGGAGCCUAGAGAAUGGAGAUAUGUCCGUUGGUCCGGAGAGUGUCGCUUUGGAUCUUCUCGAGAAGGCGAAGCUUUUUGGUGGCGACUACCUGACAUCAACCGAUAUUGUUGCUGCAUCUGAGAUACAUUCACCGACGGGAAACAACCCUUUCAAAGGAAUGGGGGAUUUCGAGCGCCUUGCAGAUGUCACGCCUGAAGUAGUGAAAAGGGCGCAGAUUGUUAUGCGACGGAAGAUCGAAGAGCUCAUCGACAGAACAAAAAUUCAGAAAGGCGAUGUAGAUGUCUUGAUUGUCGGUGGUGGUGCACCUAUCAUCAGGACAGAUGAACCUCUCUCCGGAGUGCGCAUGGUGCGAACUGUGAAGGGUGGCGAAGUCGCUAACGCUGUUGGCGCUGCUAUCUCGCGAGUGUCGGGUGUUAUUGACACCGUCGUGGAUACUUCGGAUAAGACACUUAAAGAUGCCCAAGAAGCAGUGUCGAAGAUUGCUAUCCAGAAGGCGAUUGGAAAUGGUGCGAGGCCAGAGACGGUUCAAGUUGUUGAAAUCACCAUGCUACCAAUUCAAUACGUCGACGCAAAAGCCCGGAUUCUCAUCAGAGCAGUCGGUCAACUGGAUAUUAUAUCCCAACAACAGGUGCCUCGAAAGGAAUUCACACUGCUGGAUACGACUGGCCACGAAGAGGAAGCGCACGAUGUGAAGAUUGUUCGGCAAGAUCAUGAGAUUCCUUCGGACACCCAGAAGUUGGACAUUCACACGUAUCGCCCUGAAAUUAGAGACAGACAGUGGAUCGUCUCUGCUACAGAUCUGGAGUUCAUCGCUGCAGGGUGCAAAGUUCUUGGCUGCGGAGGUGGCGGUGAUCCCUACCAGGAGUAUCUCAAGGCAAAAGCAAUUGUUCACCGUCAUCCUGGCACGAUCAAGGUUGUUUCACCUGAAUAUCUACCAGAUGACUCCUUGGUCGGAUGGACUGGCUGUAUGGGCAGUCCAGAGGUGAGCAUGGAGAGACUCGAGAACGAUGAAUGCCUCAAGGCGCACGAAGAGCUCAUGCGAAUCAUCAAAAGUCCACCCGUAUCCGGCUUUCUGUCCCUGGAGAUUGGCGGAGGAAAUGGCGUUGUCAACCUAAGUGUAUCGGCACACUUCGGAGUACCCUGUAUCGACGCCGACUUCAUGGGUCGCGCAUAUCCGACAACCUGGCAAACGACGCCAAAUGUCUAUGGUUCUCCAAACGGCGACGCUCUGGUACCAUCGACGAUUGCGAGUGGAGAUGGGUCGUUUGUAACAAUGACCAAAUCUCGCACGGACAGAGGGGUUGACAAGAUUCUGCGAGCUGCUUGCGUGGAAAUGGGAUGUCGUGCAGGGAAGUCCCUAUCGCCGAAGACCGCCAAAGCAGUCAGGGAGCAAGCUGUCACCAAUACUGUCUCGUUGGCGUGGUGGAUUGGGCGAGCGGUGGCCUUGGAGAAAAACAUCACUGAUAAAGCUCAGCGCAUCGUCGAUGAAGUCGGUGGCGUGGAGAGUGCGGCGAUCCUUGGCCAGGGCAAGAUCACCAGUGUCGAACGGGUUCUGAAGACCGGUCAUACCUAUGGUGUUUUGGAAGUCGAUGGAACUCUGAGCGAUGGAACAAAGGCCGUCAUGAAGAUUCCAUUCAAGAAUGAGAAUGCCUUCGUUGAAGCGGUUUCAAAUGGCGAGUCGAAGAUCCUGGCGUCCGUGCCGGAUCUGAUUGCCGUCAUUGAUGCCGAGACCGGGGCGGGGCUUGGAACUCCCGAGUACAAGUAUGGACUAAAGGUUGUCAUUAUCGCUAUCGCAGCUUCGCCUCGGUGGACAGAUACAGAGAGGGGAAUGGAGCUGGGAGGACCGGGCUCAAUGGGAUUUGAAGAGAUCAAGUAUGUUCCGAUCGGAAAGUAUAGUAAACCUCGAAGUGUCAUUGAGGUCUUUGGCUGA